UUGCUCCUUUGGUCAAAUUAAUCAUCUCUUUCCUUCCCCUUUCCAACUUCCACAUGAUUCUCACCUAGCAUUUACUUGUAUCAUAUCAUUCUAUUCUCCUGUUCUCUCUGAAACUGAGCUGAGUUUCCUCCAUUCUCUCUAGCUCCACACCAAAGUUAAAAAGAUGGAGAUAAAAGUGAAGUCACCUCCAAGGGACUUCAACUUGCACAGUGCUUGUACUACUCCUUAUAUUAGUGCUUCUUCAAGCCCUCAACGUUAUGGCACGUCUUUCCUUAGCGCCCCCACUAGCCCUGCCCGUGUCUCUGCCCUCUAUGACGACGAAUUCAACAUGAGCAGCGGCGAUGCUCUUAAAGCAACAGGUGAAGUUCCAUUCAAUUGGGAGGAAAAGCCUGGAACUCCAAAAGCAAGAGAAACUAACCGUAUUGCUCAUGAUGAGGAUGAUUUUGUUUUUGAUUUUAGUGGGCAGUUGGAGAGAAGCUCGUUUUCGGCCGCUGAUGAGCUUUUUGAUGGUGGAAAGAUCAGGCCUUUGAAACCACCACCGAGAUUAAUACAGUGUGAAGCUGGAAAACCUUUCCAUUCACCGAGAUCACCAAAGCAAAGGUUCAAGCAAACUUUCUCUCCAGCCCGAAACAAGAAGGAAUUUGAUCCAUUUGCUGCAGCCAUAGAACACAGUGCUCGAACAGAAAAUGAUAUCCCUGGAAGGGGAAAAAUCAAGAAUCCUGCAAAUUCUAGGCCCAAAAAGACAAGAUCUUUAUCCGUUCCCGAUCUGCUGUUUGAUCCUGAAAGCAAUCAGGAAACCACAAAGACCAGCUCCUUCUCUCUGUGUUCAGUUUCAUCAUCGAUAUCACUGUGGUACAGAAAAUGGAAGCUGAAAGAUUUGUUUCUAUUCAGAAGUGCUUCUGAAGGCCGAGCAAGCAGUAAAGAUCAUCUAAACAAGUUUUUGAAGAAAACUCAUGAGAAAGAGGAUGAUGUGAAGAGUAAUUCAAGCUUUAGAUCAACUGCUAGUAGUGUUGGAUCAUCAUCGGUAUCAAGCUCCUUGAUGAGGAGGAGGGAGGUUUCAGCUCAUGAGCUUCAUUACACGUUGAAUAGGGCAUUCUCCGAAGAGAUGAAGAGGAAAACUUUCUUGCCAUACAAGAAAUUAGGGGUACUAGGUUGCUUAGGGUUCAUUCCGUCGACAAUGGAUGAUAUAAAUUUUAGAAGUGUUGCUUCUUCUAUGUCCAUGACUCGUCGUCAAUAAGUGUGAUCAUCUCUAUCUAAAUUGUAAUUUCUUUAGGCUGAAUGCAUACACGGCCACUUAAACUUGCCCAAUUUUUGCAUUUAGAAACUUAUACUAAGGGCUGUAUGUAUUGAACACUUGAUGUUAGCUAAAAUUAAUGUACCUAUGGAUCAUGUA